GUGAUCACUGUCAAAACUGUCAUUGAGAUUGAGCAAGUUUUGUGUUUUCGUGUUUGAUUUUUAGCAGAAAAAGAUUUAAUGAAAGUUUAAUAUCAUUAGCUCAGUCAUGUCGAACGUCAAAACUGGUGAAUUGCUGAGUUUCCAAGAUUAUUCGCCCGAGCACAACGCGCCUAGCGCCAGAAUUGACGUUGAAGCCGUCCAUUCGAAUCAAUACAACAAUACCAUGUCCAGCCAAAAUUAUACCUAUGAGGAGCCAACAAACAAUGACGAAUCCCCUGAUCAACCCCCCACAAACCACAACUUCUGGACCAUAGAAUACUAUCAGAAGUACUUUGAUGUGCAAACUAGUGAGGUGAUUGAGAGGAUCAUAUCUUCGGUGGUGCCCACUAAAGUGUCCAGCAGCUACUUUGAUGACAGAAUCAAAGCCAAGCCGGACCUGUAUGGCCCUGUGUGGAUCUCUGUUACUCUGAUAUUCACUAUAGCAGUGAGUGGCAACAUAGCAAGUUACCUGCAGAAUGUGAACAGCGCGAUGCACUGGCGCUAUGACUUCCACCUAGUCUCGUAUGCGGCUACUGCCAUCAUCUGCUAUGUGUGGAUUGUGCCACUCGCGCUGUGGGGAGCCAUCAAGUGGACCACUGUGGAGGCCCAAGAUGAGGAAGCUAUACAGGGCUCAACAAACCCAACAAUGAUGUCACUCUUCUGUCUAUAUGGCUACUCCCUAUCAGUCUACAUUCCCGUGGCUAUUCUCUGGACCAUCCAAGUCUCCUGGCUACAAUGGCUCCUCGUCCUACUAGCUGCUUUCGUAUCUGGUGCAGUUCUCAUCUACUGGCUGUUGACGACAUUGAGGAAAUCCAAAUACUUCCUAAUAUUGGUUGCGUCAAUACUAGCGGUACACUUCCUUCUGGCUACAGGUUUCAUGUUGUACUUCUUUCACGUUCCGUCAACUGUACCCAGUCCCGCGGUGAUCUCGUCGACUAUUAAACCUGCAUAAAGUUGAGGGUGACUGACGGUUGCACCAGUAAUGGCUGGAUUCAAUAUUUAAUCAAUCCCUUAAUUUGCUACUAGGUAUAACACGCUCAAAUAAAGAAACAAUAUGAAAAAGGCCAUUAAGUAAGGGAGUGGAAAGGAACAUUGAUUGAUAUAUGAAUAAGGCGAGAUAGCAAGAGUCAAAUUGCCAUUUUUAUAAUAUUUCUAUAUUUGCGCGCGUUAUUAUUCAGUAUAGAAUUCAACAUGGUGGUUAUUAAUUAACGAUUUUUAAGCAAAUUAACCGAUUGCUUAAAUUGAGGAAUGCGGAAUCAGUGUAGUAAAAUUAUUAUAUAGUAUGUUGAUCCUUUCAUUUGUUACUGUGAUGAUUAUGCGGUGAAAUGAAAUAUGCUAAGUAUUGUAUUGCGAAGAGUUAAAACACGCACUUCAUAUUAUUUAACUUUAGUAAGUAGUAAUUUUAAGCAAUUUUAGACAUACGUUUAUACAAGUCAUUAGUUUAUUUGUAUAGUUUACUAUUGAUUAUUGUAACUGCAACUAUUUAAGACCUAUGAAAACGCGUAUAUUUCACAAUUUAUACGAGUGUGUGUUUUAAUAUUUUUGCUUUUAUGUAUAGUUUGUACAUUAAACAAAAUAUUAUGUUGGAUUUGAAGUAUUUUACAUUCCUAAGACCCAUGUGGGAGUUAUUUAAAUUAUAUUCCUUCUACAUUAUGUCAAGCGAAUGCCCCUUUCCCUGUGCAUUUGUAAUUAACAAAUAUAUUUAUAUAAGUUGUGAUGUUUCGAUAAAA